AUUGUUAACUGAAAAAAACUUUUAAUCCCUGACUCAAAUGUAGUUGUGUAUAUGUAGGUACAUUAUUGUCUGUUAUGGUUUUCAGUUCCAGUGUGGAAGGAAGUGGUACAUGGGUACAUGUUUCGGGGUGCAGUUUUAGCUUGCUUAGUCCACAGCCCUGUCUGUAUAGCUCUGCCACAUCAGGAGUGAAGACAUAAUUGUCCCAUAACAUCUGCAUUGACUGAGCUCUUUUGCAGAUACAGAGCUUCCUUCCCCUGUCAGUCCUGUAGUCUUCCAAAGCUGAGUUCAUUUGGAGGGAUUUGUAGCAGAUGGCUAAUUGGUGGAUGCACAGGAUUCUUGCUUUAAAUUUAAAACCAAACAAAACCCACAAGGAUAAGAAAAAUAAAACCAAGCCUUGGUUCAAGAUACUGUGUUCAGCAUCCCACCCUGAUGAGUGGAAUGUUGAUCAGUGGAUACUCUUACAACAGUGAUGUACUUAGGGUCCUCUAGGGAAAAAUAAUGCAAUUUGUUUGUUGAGCACAUGCCUGUCUACCAGUCCUGGCAGAUGUUCUGCCUCUUGGCUGCCUUUCUGACAAGGCCUGAAGCUGGUGUGGGACGGAGGAUGCCAAAUACAGCACUGUGGCUUCAGACAAGGCAGCAGGAACAGAAUGUUUCCUUGAUGUCUGACAGUCUCAAGAGGACAAGACUGAGUGUAUGUAGCUCUCUUGGUAGUAGAUCAAGUGUUUCUCAUCUUACAGUGUCUUCUGAAAUUUUUAAGUUAAACUGGUUUUGGGUUUGGAUUUUUUGGUGUGGUUAUACUGAUAGAAGGGCCAAAUAGUGGGAUAAUCCAAAGUGUUGAGCUAAUGCUGUAAAAUGUGGGAAUUUUGAGGAUAUGUGUUCUAUUUCUUUGGAUCUGUACAAUUGGACAGCUAUAUACUGAUAUGAAAAUGAUCUGUAUACAUGGGAUUAUACAGACUGAUUGCUCCAUACUAUGUUUCUAAGUUUAAGCAAAGCUUCAAAAUGUUUGUCUUGCUACCGAUUGUUCCCUGUAUUCAAAUCUUACCUCUUCUUACAUAUAUUCACCUUUUAUAUGGUGUUAUACUUCCUAACAGUAAGGAAAUUUCCCAAAAUGACAGUAGAAUUCAGAUUAAAUUUGAGGGUGUUAAGCUAACUAAUGUGUCCUCACCUCUAAUGGAGACAAAUCCAUCACAAGUUUCCUCUUAAUAAAUGCCAUUCUUCUGUGUUCAAAAUGAAACUGUGAAAAUUUGCUUAUGCCUUGAUGGUGAAUGUUUACCUAAAUUCUAGAUCAUUGUUAUAUUUUGGCAUUAAAGUAUGAAAUGCCAAUAAGUGAAAAUACUGCUUUAGUAAACUGUAACAGAAUACAUACAGGAAGUAAACAAAGUACGCACCUCAUACUUUUUCAGGUAAUCUGGACGUAUUCAAUAACACUUUGAAAAUUUCUAGCCCUUGGUGCCAAGUUUUGUUGCCAUCAUAGCUGUGGUGUGGGUGGAAGAGCCCAACCAGAAAUGAGCAGAUCUAACUGUAAGCUACUUUGCAUGUUGUCAAUUGACUAUAAAUUGCAGCAGUCAUUGACUCAGCGGAACAAGCGACACAAUUCAGGUAUUCAUCACUCUUAAAAUAGCACGUCUUGUUUCCUUGGAUUUUACUUCCAUCUGAAGAUUGGUGAGUCUCUGGUCUAAGAGGAAAAUGUUCCUAACACUUGCAUUUUGCACUUUGUGCAAGUAGUAAGGCAGCAGAUUUUAUGUAAUGCUGUUGUGCAGCAGAAUUAUCAGUACUAAGCAUCAAAUACUGCAGGUAUCUCUUCUUGAGGAGUUGUGUUGGUUUUGAUUUCUUACUCUGUAGUGAUGUUUUGCUGUAAAUUUUUGUUGCUGUGUAGCAGACUUUUUCUUCAGGUAUGUUUUUAGGUUGUCAGCAGUAGAAAGUUUUUAGACAAUAACCUGCGUAAGUAGAAAAAGGAAAGAUGACUGGAUGCUGUUUUGAUUUUUAUGAUGAGUGUAUAUUCACCUCUUAUUUUUUUGCAUAUGUAUUAAUGUGAAAUGGGUGUGUAUUCCUGUUUAAGUAAGCACCUGUUUAAGAUGCAUGUGACUUUAACUCAUGUCUAACAGCCUGCUGUAAAUGAAUUCUUAACUCAUAGGAUUUCUGUUGUGAAACCUGUGUGCACUAGAAUAAGAGACAACACUGAGUUCAGAGGCAUUUUCAUAGAAUAUGUUGUGAGGACAGGUCCAUACUGAGUAAAAAUUCUCUGUAUAAACAUGGCAGGUAUGAAGUCAUUAGAAAACAUCACAAUAUCCCCAUAUCCUUGUGAAGGAUUCGGGGGAUCCCAUUUAUGUUAUGGAGCUGUGAUGGGAGCAUUUGAAGCUUUGCAAGAUUUUUGUGAGUAUGGAAUCUAGAUGUGUCUAGUAACCUAGCUGAACAUUCAGGUAUGGUUUCCUUUUUAGAGGAUGUAAUAUGACCUAAGUGCUUUAGACAGCAGUGUAUUGAUGUGCAAGUGGAUGGUGGUGAGUAAGACCAUUUUUGGAUAAAUUCUGUGUAGGCAAGUAUUGCCUUAAAGCUGUGAGGAUGGCUCACAGCAAUUCUUCAAAAAUUAACUAGUUAUUUCAAGUGUAUUUUAAGUAGCUAUUAGGUGACAGUCAUUACAUUAUUACAUUAUUACAUCACUUAUGCUGAUAUUUAGCUGUUUGAAUAAUGAUAUUGGGGAGGCAUUAUAAUGUAGCUUCCUAUAAACCACUGCAAGAUUAUCUUUGUAAUAAAUAUGAAAAGAUGAUUUAAAUAGUUACACCUACUGUAGUGCUGCUCUGAAGAGAGGAUAUGGGGUUUUAGUAGGCCAGUCUGAGUUACAGCAGUGCCCCAAGAACUGUGUGCAGUCUUUCUUAGUAUUACUAGGACAUACAUUUUCUCUUUUAAAUGAUUAUUUCACAGUCCUCUAUCAAUAGGAUUGUAUUUAAUAUUUCAUAUCUGUGUUUAAUCUGCAGGUGAGUGCAGGAGGAGCAUGAGGACCCAAGGAGAUGUUAGACUUAGCAGAAAUUCUUCUUUCUAAAUUCUCUAAACUUCUUUUAAACCUUUUAUGUGUUGAGUGGAUACAAUACCUGACAGACAUGAAAUUAAGAUUGAGAUCCAUUCUCUGCACAAGUUUUUAAACUCUUUAAGAUAGUGGGGUAAAUGAGACAUUAAAUGAAUAGAGAGAAAAAAUGAUUUGACUUUGAAGGCUUUUUUGUAUGAAUAUGGAGUCUUUUACUGGAAUUGUAGAUUUUUCAGGAGAAGGGGGUGGAAGGAAUGUCUCAGAUGUUGACCUGCUUUGUUUAUAUUCUGUAGAGAUGUAAGUUUUGGUGGAUUUGGAGCAAUCUAGGCCAAUGUGGAGUAUGUAGAUGCUCUUAAUUUCAAAAUCAGAGGUGAAAGGAGACUGCAUGCUCUUUCCUGUUGUGAAUUAUUUUAAUCAGCGUUGUUGACUUACACUUUCUGUAUUUUCAAAUGGCAAAUUGUUCGCUCUAUCUUGUGAUCUUAUAACACCUUUCUGAAAUGUCACAAAUGCAUUCAAAAUCUCUUCUGGAAAAUGCCAGUGAGGCCAAGUGUUGGUAGGCCUGCGUGAGGUGUUUUUGUUACUGUUCAGUAAGAGUUGUUUAAACUGUUAUGUAACUAACUGUGUGUCUCCAGGUUAAAUGCAGAACCUGAUGGAUGGCAAGAGCUGCUGUAACCUCAUCUGUACUGAGACACAGCGCAUACAACUGGCCCGGCCUUUCUGUGCCGACCCACUGGUCACGUUGCACGUGUACCCAGAAACACCAAACCAGGUCACUUGCUCUGAAGAUUUGUCAUUCCUUCCUUUUGUGUCUGAGCAUCUCAUCACGGAGAACUUCUACAGUGAGCCCUGUACCUUUCCCUACCAAAUGCCCCAUUCCAGUUUCCACAGAAUCCUGCAGGUAUCUGCUUUUGCAAGAAUGGCUCAUUUGGAAGGGUUCCUGCCUACAGGUCACAGGUAUUGCAGUGUGAGGCCAGCUCUGGACAAGUUCUCAUGUUCCAGCAUUGUAACAACUGUUAACCCCACCUACAGGAGCUCUUUUGUUGUGUAUCCUGCCUGGAUCGCAGAGCCCCUCACCCCCCAGAGGUGCCAAUGGAUUAGCCACUGCCUCCAUUCCCCCAACCUGGCUUGGGAGAGACUGGGGAGAUCCGUGUGCAUAGGCAGCAACGUGCCUGUGCUGGUGAGAAGGGAACAAGAUGGAUUUUAUUACCAUGGUACAGUAAAAGAGGAGAUAGAGAGCGAAAGGGGCAUGUUCCUGGUAGAGUUUGCCAAACCACUUGCGAAUUGUGGAAAGCAUCCAGUGUGUGUGCAAAAAACAGCAAAGGAUGACAUUCUGGAGUAUGUGAAUGGGAUGAAGCACUCCUUACUCCCUGGAGACAAAGUGCUGGCACCAUGGGAGCCAGAUAUGGCCAGGUAUGGCCCAGGAACCAUCCUCACGGGCAUUGAGACAAGGGACCCCUUACGAGCCUCAGAAGAUGAAGAAAUUAUAGUCCAGUUCUGGAAUGAUAAGAAAGUGAAACUCCCACGUAAUGUGGCUCUGUGGAUCCCUUCUGGCCUGUGGGAGAGGAUUGUAGAGAUGAUCCACAUGCCCUUCACCAGCAGGGUGAAGCCCAGAGAAAGCCCAGAUGCUAAUUCUUGUGUUUUUCCCUGCAGUCCUAAACUAGCCCUGAUUCCUGUUUGUGCUGGACACAGCCUUGCCAAGCACUGCUUGCUCUGCUCACCCUGCUGGCCACGUUUCCACUGCCACUGUGGUGGUGGCAUGUGCUGUUUGUCAGUGUGUGUAAGGUGCACCUGCUGCUGUCACCCCCGUGCUGGUGCCUGGUGGCCUCUUCCACCCAGGUCUCUGGUCUUUCAGAACAAAUCUGAAGAGGCAGAGUCCAGCAGUGAGCCCUCUCCAUACCUUCUAGAACUGGAAGGCACAAACCAAGAAGCAGCUGCAUCUGUGGCUACAUCUUCAGCCUCCUCUGAUUCAGGGUGGGACCUGAAGGCAUUCCCCACUAGGAGUACUGUGGUGGACAGUGCUGUUAACGCAGGCUGUGGCUGUCUUGAAAAGCCCAAGCUAAAGGAUUCUGCAAGACCUCAGUGGAAAUACUGGAAAAGAAGCCACCACAAGUCACAAUCCAGUAAUCCAGGACUUGGCAGUUGCAGCAGCACAUGUACAAAGGGCAAGCUGGAAUCCAAAGCCGUCUCCACUGGGGACACAUCCCGUGUGGCCCCAGCUAAUCAGAGUGCAAUGUUUGAAACCAUUGAGCUGUCUCCCAGAGGGCAACUCACAAUGAAAGAAAUCUUAAGAGACCAAGAUUUCAAGCCAUCAUUGGGGGAAGAAGGUUUUGCAGCAUCAGAAAAACGAAGAAACAAAAGAGCGUCAGAUGAUAAAUGUAAAGCGACUUGCGUGGGAGAUGACAAACUUGAUGUUACAGACCAUGUCAGAGCUCGCUUGCAACAAAGAGACAAACACGAUCAACAAGAAUUCAGUACAUGUACAACUGAUGAAGUUCAGGGACUGAAAUUUCAGAACAGUAAAAGUACAGAAAAGAGAAUGGAUUGUGAGCCAGCUGCUCUAAAAUCAGUGCCAUCCUACAGAAGCUAAUGUACAUCCAUAUUCAUACCACAUGGAUCAUGCUUUCUGUACUCCACAAUGCUACGUGAAGGUUCUGUCUGAGGAUAAUAUAAAAGAACCAGUCAUCACAAAGGCUUGAUUAUGUAUU